CACAGGUACCGUAGGUAACGACUCUACAACCUCACACGCUCAACCACCACAACAAUGUCGUUCCGGUCACCCCUACAACAGUCUCUUCGUGCAGCUGAACCAUGGGUCUGCAGAACUUGCGCUCGCGCGACUCCCCGCUCGUUCCUUUCCCAGAAUCCCUUCACAAUCACGGCUCGACGAUGCUUGAACACCUCCCAAGAGGCGAGGCAGGGCACGACGCUUUCAAUGGACCAAAUGCAGGCUCGAUACAAGCAGAAAAAUAGGACCACAAUGAACUACGUAUGCAGCAUAAUCCUUGGAACGGUUGCGCUUUCCUACGGGUCUGUACCAAUGUACAAGAUGAUCUGUCAAACCACAGGUUGGGGCGGCCAACCCAUCAAGUCUGCAGCUCACGGUGGCGAUUCAUCACUCGAUCCUUCGGAGAGGCUAAAGCCCGUGGAAAGCCAUCCUCGUAUUCGAAUCACGUUCAAUGGCGCCGUAUCCGACGUUCUGCCUUGGAAGUUUGUGCCUCAACAGCGCGAAGUGCGUGUUCUUCCCGGGGAGACGGCAUUGGCAUUCUAUACAGCAACAAACAAGUCAGAUGAGGAUAUCAUUGGUGUGGCUACCUACUCGGUCACGCCUGGACAGGUAGCACCGUAUUUCAGCAAGAUCCAGUGUUUCUGCUUUGAAGAGCAGAGACUCAACGCGGGCGAAACAGUAGACAUGCCUGUGUUCUUUUACAUCGAUCCCGAAUUCGUAACCGAUGUCAACAUGAAGGGCAUCCAGACAGUCACCUUGAAUUACACUUUCUUCAAAGCGAAGUACGACAAGGAUGGUCACCUGACGCCGGUGCCUAUGGCCUAGAUCCGAUGGCCGUUGUAACAAUCUAUCUGUACAUACAUUACUGUAUUAUAAGAACCUUCAUGGAAGCAACCCGUAGUUCAGACCAAUCCAAUUAGGAUGCAUAAUCUCUGGGAAUCUAUUGUCCUGAAUGAACCAUUGGAACCCGCUUAUUUCUGGAUUCUGUAUCUGCUAUCACGUCCACUGGCUCAAGAUAUUGGAUAGCACCUCUCUUACAUGGACCAGCAAUAGAAAAGUUGACUGCGAACCAUGUUUCGUCUUUGCCAGAUCAUUGGGGGUAUCCAAAGCAUCGGGUUCAUUUGUUCGUUGAGCAUGCUAACCUUC